CCAUCAUCUCGAGCAUCCGCGUCGACAGGAUGCAUUCCAAGAAUGGAAACGCUGCUGCACUCGAUGAUCUCUCUGUCGCUGUCGCCGGACGCGCUGCUCCAGGACCAUGCGUUCGAGGACGUCGAGCGGUGCGAGGACUACCCAGCCGAGACAAACGCGGGCCCGCCCCCUUUCUCGAUCGACACGGACGACCAGCAGAGUCGGGAAGAGAAGCUCUUUUUGGUCUUUACGUCGUUUGCGCUCCAGACGUCGUCGGACGACCCGACGUGCAUUCGCCUCGGCAACGUCAUCAAGCUCCUCCAAGAGUGUCGCAUUGUGCUCGACACGGUCGCCACCUCGUCGUCGCCGCUGGUGCUCAAAGACGCCAAGCCGCUCGUGGCGCUUACAAUCCGCGAUGUCGAGAUGCUCGCGAGCAAGCUCAUGCACACGCGCACGACCAGCGUCAAGCUCAGCUACGACAAGUUCCUUCACUUUUUGUGGGCCCUGGCGCAGCAGGCGCAUCCGGGCGUAUCACCGCCCAUGGCCUUCAAGUACAUUGUGGACCAGUGUGUCCAGACACCCCGCAGCGCCAAGAUGCGACCGCCUCGGAUCAGCACGACGCGUCCGCGCGCAGUUGCACAAAAGCUCUUGGGUGCGUUUGAGGCCAGUCUGCUCGAGAUUUUUAGCUACUAUGCGAUCCCGCCGGAUUCGAGGAACCCGAUGGACAAGAAGCCCCACUUGGGUGACCGCCGACGCGGCUUCUAUUGGAGCUACAGCCAUGCGCUCACGUUUGCGCGCAAGUAUGGGCUCAGCGCAUACCUCUCUGUGACCAGCUUUGCCUAUGCGUACGUCGACAGCCUUGUCAAGAUUGACGAUCUCUCGCGCCGACUCACGUACGACGGGUUUUGCGACCUUCUCAUGCGCAUCGCGCUGCAGCUGGCCGCGCACCCGGACACGGACGCCGUCCUCCGGCUCAAAGCGCUCUUCCAGCUCAUGUGGAUGCGCUGCGCGUCGGCGAAAUCGGGAGACCCGGCGAGCGCCCAAAUCUGUGGUGCUCGCGACCACGUUGGGACGGGCCAGUCGCUCGUCAAGAACGCGGAGUCGCAGACAUUUGCGGCGACGUAUCUGAAAAUGUGGCGAAAAGACCGCUUCAUGGACUACAUGACCCUCGUGACCCCGGCGCCACCACCGCCGAUUGCGACGACAAAGCUCGCCAUGACCCAGGUCUUGGGCGCAGCGCCAGGGCACUCGAUUUAUCACGCCGCCCACCGUAGUGUGUCUACCAUGUAAAUGGAGUCAAAAUAUAAUAUGCAUGGAACACAAGAAGACCAA